UGGGAAGCAGGAACUAAAAAUAAAGUCCAGCCACACCCUAGUGGAUUUUGACCCUGGUCCUGAAGGAGUCUGCAGCUUACCAGGGGACAACCCCCCGCCCAUUUCCUCCCUCUGCUCACUUCUGCUCCAUCCCUUCCCAGGCAGUCUCUUCCUCCAGGCAGGCCUUCCAGGAUGCUGCCCAUUUCAGUUGGACUCUUGAAGCUUCAAAAGAUGACCCACUUUUCCAAACCUUAAAUGGGGUCUCAGAGUCUGUGGUAUCCUUUUCUUGAAACGCUGAUGGACUCAACCACAGCGACGGCAGAGCUGGGUUGGAUCGUGCAUCCUCCAUCAGGGUGGGAAGAGGUGAGUGGCUACGAUGAGAACAUGAACACCAUCCGUACGUACCAGGUGUGCAAUGUGUUUGAGUCGAGCCAGAACAACUGGCUACGGACCAAGUUCAUCCGGCGCCGUGGCGCCCACCGCAUCCACGUGGAGAUGAAGUUCUCCGUGCGUGACUGCAGCAGCAUCCCCAGUGUGCCCGGCUCCUGCAAGGAGACCUUCAAUCUCUAUUACUAUGAGGCUGACUUUGACUCAGCCACCAAGACCUUCCCCAACUGGAUGGAGAACCCGUGGGUGAAGGUGGACACCAUUGCCGCUGACGAGAGCUUCUCGCAGGUGGACCUUGGAGGCCGGGUCAUGAAGAUCAACACCGAGGUACGGAGCUUCGGGCCUGUGUCCCGCAGCGGUUUCUACCUGGCCUUCCAGGACUAUGGUGGCUGCAUGUCGCUCAUCGCCGUGCGUGUCUUCUACCGCAAGUGCCCCCGCAUCAUCCAGAACGGGGCCGUCUUCCAGGAGACACUGUCGGGGGCUGAGAGCACAUCGCUGGUGGCUGCCCGGGGUAGCUGCAUCGCCAACGCCGAGGAGGUGGACGUGCCCAUCAAGCUCUACUGUAACGGGGACGGCGAGUGGCUGGUGCCUAUCGGGCGCUGCAUGUGCAAAGCAGGCUUCGAGGCCGUGGAGAAUGGCACGGUCUGCCGAGGCUGCCCAUCUGGAACCUUCAAGGCCAACCAAGGGGACGAGGCCUGUACCCACUGUCCCAUCAAUAGCCGGACCACUUCGGAAGGGGCCACCAACUGCGUCUGCCGCAAUGGCUACUACAGAGCAGACCUGGACCCCCUGGACAUGCCCUGCACAACCAUCCCCUCCGCACCCCAGGCCGUGAUCUCCAGUGUCAACGAGACCUCCCUCAUGCUGGAGUGGACCCCACCCCGCGACUCUGGAGGCCGUGAGGAUCUCGUCUACAACAUCAUCUGCAAGAGCUGCGGCUCCGGCCGGGGCGCCUGCACCCGCUGCGGGGACAACGUGCAAUACGCACCCCGCCAGCUGGGCCUGACCGAGCCUCGCAUUUACAUCAGUGACCUGCUGGCCCACACCCAGUACACCUUCGAGAUCCAGGCCGUGAACGGCGUCACCGACCAGAGCCCCUUCUCACCGCAGUUCGCCUCCGUGAACAUCACCACCAACCAGGCAGCUCCAUCUGCUGUGUCCAUCAUGCACCAGGUGAGCCGCACCGUGGACAGCAUCACCCUGUCCUGGUCCCAGCCCGACCAGCCCAACGGUGUCAUCCUGGAUUACGAGCUGCAGUACUACGAGAAGGAGCUGAGUGAGUACAACGCCACAGCCAUAAAAAGCCCCACCAACACAGUCACUGUGCAGGGCCUCAAAGCCGGCGCCAUCUAUGUCUUCCAGGUGCGGGCACGCACCGUGGCGGGCUACGGGCGCUACAGUGGCAAGAUGUACUUCCAGACCAUGACAGAAGCCGAGUACCAGACAAGCAUCCAGGAGAAGCUGCCACUCAUCAUCGGCUCCUCGGCUGCUGGCCUGGUCUUCCUCAUCGCCGUGGUUGUUAUUGCCAUCGUGUGUAACAGAAGACGGGGGUUUGAGCGUGCUGACUCUGAGUACACGGACAAGCUGCAGCACUACACCAGCGGCCACAUGACCCCGGGCAUGAAGAUCUACAUCGACCCUUUCACCUACGAGGACCCUAAUGAGGCAGUGCGGGAGUUUGCCAAGGAAAUUGACAUCUCCUGUGUCAAAAUUGAGCAGGUGAUCGGAGCAGGGGAGUUUGGUGAGGUAUGCAGUGGCCACCUGAAGCUGCCAGGCAAGAGAGAGAUCUUCGUAGCCAUCAAGACACUCAAGUCGGGCUAUACUGAGAAGCAGCGCCGGGACUUUCUGAGCGAGGCCUCCAUCAUGGGCCAGUUCGACCACCCCAAUGUCAUCCACCUGGAGGGCGUGGUCACCAAGAGCACACCUGUGAUGAUCAUCACUGAGUUCAUGGAGAAUGGCUCCCUGGACUCCUUCCUCCGGCAAAAUGAUGGGCAGUUCACAGUCAUCCAGCUGGUGGGCAUGCUCCGGGGCAUCGCAGCUGGCAUGAAGUACCUGGCAGAUAUGAACUACGUCCACCGCGACCUGGCCGCCCGCAACAUCCUUGUCAACAGCAACCUGGUCUGCAAGGUGUCUGACUUUGGGCUCUCACGCUUUCUGGAGGACGAUACUUCAGACCCCACCUACACCAGCGCCCUGGGUGGGAAGAUCCCCAUCCGCUGGACGGCCCCAGAAGCCAUCCAGUACCGGAAGUUCACCUCGGCCAGUGACGUCUGGAGCUAUGGUAUCGUCAUGUGGGAGGUGAUGUCCUAUGGGGAGCGGCCCUACUGGGACAUGACCAACCAGGAUGUAAUCAACGCCAUAGAGCAGGACUAUCGGCUGCCACCACCCAUGGACUGCCCAAGCGCCCUGCACCAGCUCAUGCUGGACUGCUGGCAGAAGGACCGAAACCACCGGCCCAAGUUCGGCCAGAUCGUCAACACGCUGGACAAGAUGAUCCGCAACCCCAACAGCCUCAAAGCCAUGGCGCCCCUCUCUUCUGGAAUCAACCUGCCGCUGCUGGACCGCACGAUCCCUGACUACACCAGCUUUAACACGGUGGAUGAGUGGCUGGAGGCCAUCAAGAUGGGGCAGUACAAGGAGAGCUUCGCCAACGCCGGCUUCACCUCCUUCGACGUCGUGUCACAGAUGAUGAUGGAGGACAUUCUCCGGGUUGGAGUCACCUUGGCUGGUCACCAGAAAAAAAUCCUGAACAGUAUCCAGGUGAUGCGGGCACAGAUGAACCAGAUCCAGUCUGUGGAGGUUUGACGUUCACGGGCCUCGGCUCACCUCUUCCUCCAGGCCCCGCCCCCUCUGCCCCACAUGCCGGCCCUGGUUCUCUGGCCACCGCAGGGUCAGCCACCUGCCAGGAGGCCACAGGCAACAGGAAGAACCCAGCAGCGCUCCAGCCACGAGACGUCACCAAGAACAUGUGCCACUCAGAUGAUGGGAAAAAAAAGGGAAUGGGGACAAAAGAAUAUAGAUCCUGGGAGGGGGCGGGAAAUACAAGGAAUAUUUUUUAAAGAGGAUUCUCAUAAGGAAAGCGAUCCUUGUUCUGGGGGGAAAAAAAAGGGCUUGGGCGAUCCAUGUGAUUUGUCCACUCGGAGAUCAAAAGCAGUUUCUCUCCAACUCCCUCUGGGAAGGUGACCUGGCCGGAGCCAAGAAACACUUUCAGGAAAACAAAUGUGAAGGGAAGAGACAGGGGCCACCCUUCUCUCCCAUCCCGGGAGUUGCUCUUCCAGGCCUCGCUCAAUAGCCACGUGCCAGGCGGACAGGCGGGCAGGCGGGCAGACGGGCAUCCGCCCCCGGGAACCACUCUGGGAAAAUCCAAUCCCGCUGCCACUGGGCAAACAGAAGAAUCUUUCCGUCUUUGGAGACUAUUUUAGAAACUCCAAUGAAAGAGACCUGCUUCUCCUGUCAGCUCCUGGGGCUGAAAAGGAACUUCUGUCCUCCUGGGUUGGGGACACCAGAAAGGUCAGCCUUCCUGAGGAUGGCCGGCCCCCCAACCCCCGCCCCGGUCUGCAGCUCCACGUCCACGUCACGUGCACAGCGGCCCUGGCCCCACUGGGCGCCAGCCCCCACCUGGAGGACUGAUGCGGCAGUGACUGCCAUCAGCUACGACUGCCACUGAGAAGGAUUGCUCCUGCAUCUGGGUUUGUUUACAGCAAUUCAUGGACUCGGGGGUAUUUUGGUCAGGGGUGGAUUUGGUUUGGGGGGUUUGUUGGGUUUUUUUUUUUUUAUGACAAUGAAGUGACACUUUGACAUUUCCUACCUUUUGAGGACCUGAUCCUUCUCCAGGAAGAAGGUGCUUUCUGCUUACUGACUUAGGCAAUACACCAAGGGCGAGAUUUUAUAUGCACAUUUCUGGAUUUUUUAUAUGGUUUUCAUUGACACCUUCCCUCCCCUCUGCAUAGCGUUCCCACCUGCUGCCAGGCCCCACCAAAGCCAACGGCCAGGGAGCCAUCUGGGCCAUUCAGAGACUGAGGGAGAUUUGGGCGGAGGGUGGGGGCCGAGGUGGAGGAGCACCCCACCCUAGGACUGUUUUUGAAAGCAACGGAUUGAGAGGGGAGUAGAGGCUGCAGGGCCAGAAGUCUUGGCCCACUUCUCUCUCCUGUCCCAGUCUCUCCAGUACUUUCCGGGGAAAUAGGCCCCUUCGAGGUUCCAGAGUGGCCUCAGAUGGCCACAACCCAGGUUCAUCUCUGAGAGCCCAGCCUGGGCAGCAUCAGAGGCCAGCACCCGGAUCAUUCACUGUGAUGUGCCAGCCCUCCAGAGCGUCCCCCUCAGACCACAUGCAGGUGUGCUCCUUCCCCCCACUGGGGAGAAAGUGUGUGACUUCUCUCCCACCUUCUCCCCUCCAUUGGACCUUUGCCCAGGUCUGAAGGUCGUGGCCAUGGGAGACCCAUCAGCCAAGGAGGUCUGGCCACAGACUCUCUCCUGAGAGCAAACACGGGCACCUGAUCGGAACAAUCGGUUAGUGAACUGAAUGGAAAUAAAUGCUUUAGUUAGAAAAUGACCCCGGUUCUCUGUAAGUUCCAAGAGGGACCCUGGCAUGCCUGGGACAUGUCAAGUGACCCAUGAUGCUCUUCUAAGGGGCCCUUCCUUCCUCAGGGUUCUAGAAGGCCCGGGGCUAAGAAAAUACGUGGAGAACUCCAAUGGUCCAUGUGGCCCUUCUGGCUCUGGCUUGUCAAAAGCACAGGCAACGAAAGAAGUGAGUUGGAAGUGGCUUAGAACUUGGAGUCUGAUGCCCUGCAAAUCACGGUAAGCCACUCCAGGGUGCAGCAGGAGCAGGGAGUAGACAGCAGUGCAUGAGGGAGAACCCACCGACCCUCGGUCAAAGCCACAGAUAUUGCACCUGAGCCUGGGCAACUCUUUGAGCAGACGGGCUUCUACUCACAUACAAUCAAAAUUCCUCAUGUGGAAGGAGGAGGCUGGGGAGGGGGAGCCAGGAACGCUGCAUCUCAGGAGCCUUCCCUUUGUCCACUGGAGACUGACCAGUGAGAAAGACGUGGGCGGCAGGUGGCCAACCAAAGGCCCCUCAUUCAAAGCAAGCAUCCAGCACGGACCAGCCUGUCAUCUGUCACUCACCUGUUCUCAGAGCCUGAGAGGCAAAGGGAAGGAAGGGAUUAGAAGGGAGAAUGGACCCCCAGGGGGAACAGCAGAGCGAGCCACCAGGAAGGCAUUGGCUGGUUUCCCAUGAACUGGCCGGCCUUGGCCCAGCCAGCUGCCCUUUGUGCCCCAAAGAUGCCCAGCACGGAUGGCAGCUGUCCCGGCUCACAAGGUCACCUUCUGGAGGGAGCUGCCCUGAUGCUCUGUAGAUUAACCAUCUCCCCAGCCUGCCCCUGCCCCCCCCACACACACAGCCCUGGGGCCCCACAGGGGGCUGGCAAUCGGUGCUUCCUGUCAGAUGGCGUCCUGUCUUAAGCCGCUAGGCUGGUGUCUGCUGGCCAGCACGUCUGCCCAUCCGCCCUUCAAGCCCAAGUCCUCAGGGGUCCUGGGCCCCCACGUGCCUGCUUCUCAAGAGGAAGGGCGCUACCCAGACCCUCUGUCUCCAUUUCAGGGUAACAGACAGACGUCACUGUGACCAUCCCGGAUGCAGGUAGAUGCUCUCCUCUCCCUGCUUCGGGGGUACACCCCCACCCCAGCUCUUGCUCGCUUCUCAGUGGGGAUGGUAGGCCGCGCUGCCAAGCGCCUUUCACAGACGCUGCCCGCUCGCCCAGGCACACGGCGCUGAGCCACCCGCUGCCUGGUUACUAAUCCCUUCCUGGCUCAACCUCCCCAAGUGCCAGUCCCCACCUGCCCAGCAGUGUGAGAGGAGUUUCCGGCUGCUCUGCCCACAGUGGGUACUUGAGGAAAGAAAGCUGCCCUGUAAAUAUGGGCCAGGACACUAUGGAAAUGGGGACCAGCUGCUCUGAGAGGGUGCACAGGGCCAGGCUGGGUGAUAGAGAGCUGUGCCAUCGCCUCCCUCCUACUGCUGCAGAGGCUCCCCCACCCUCCGCCCUGGGUUACUGUUGAUGAUCAGCGGCCUCUUCCUGGGGAAUGAUAUUCAAACGUCUAUCAACUGCUAGGACGUGGGCGGGCCAAUCAGAAUAGGUGGCGGCUUUAGUGUGAGACCAGAAAGCCCCAGAAUAGGAGCGAGAGUGGUAGGUGCCUUUGGGGAUCCUUAGGGACUUGGGGCAGUGGCUGUUUACUAACCAGUGGCUGUUUACUGCCCAGAUGGCAUCAGCUGGACUUUCCCUGCCAUGUCUGGGCGGUCCCUCCCAGGGGGCUUUGCCACUCCUUGUGGGCGGUCUCUAGCCUUGCACCCCUCUCAGGUUAGGGGCUCAUCUCCAGACUAGGAGCUCCCACCAGGGGCUGGCUCCCCCGCCUGGCUGAAGCCCUCACACCCUAGCCUCAGUGCUGGGCCCUCAGCCCCUGAGCCCCUGAAGUUCCAAGUUCCAAGGCUGGAAGACUUGCCAGAAGAAAUAACACCACUGCAGUCCUGUCAGGAGGGGCUCAGAGAGAGGAAGAAGCUUGCUCAGGAUGACACAGCCAGGGAGGGACACAGCAGGGCUGUUGACCUGCAUCCAGGCCCACUCCACGCUCAACGAGGCCAUAGGAAGUACCUGGUGUCUGAACGGGGGCUGGUAAGAGAAGAGAAAGAUCAAAGCAGCUGGAGGUGUCAGGAAAGGCUUCAUGGAGGAGGUGAUCUUGACAAUAACAGAGGUGGAGGGAGAGGCCAUGCCGAGUGGGAGGUGCAGGGUUCCCAAAGAGGCAAAGGCCAGACUGGUUAAGAGGGAGGAGCUGUACGUGGACGGACCAGAGCCGUGCUGGAAGGUGAGGGCUGGGUUAAGGGGAAGCUUAAACCACAGCCUGACACAGCACACCGUCCAGCCAGGGCAGGCGCUUGAGCGGAAGAGGGUCAGAGUGAGCAUCAGGUUCCAAAAGGAGGAAGCAGUUUCACCAUCAGACGGGAGCAGGACGCCUCCCAGCUCCCCUCCCCCAGGGGGAAGAGCCCCCUGGAGAAGCCCUCAUUUCUUCCCAGAGAAUCCAGGCCCUGCUGCUCCCUCUUCCAUCCUCAUUCACUGAUGCAGAUAAUCCAAAGAGUCAUUUCAGCUGCUUGCAACAGCAGGGUUGGAUUUUGUGCUACCUGAUUCGGCUGCAUUCAACUGAGAUGCCCACCCCAUUCCCUCCAGGCCAGGCACUAAGGGAGCUGAGAGGAUGCGGGUGGUGGUGAGGGCCGGGGAGGCAGGGAUGCCCCGAGGGGACUGAGCAGAGGGAACAAGCGAGCAGGGCUGGGGGCUGGGCAAGUGGCAUGCAAACUGCUCAGAAAGGUGUCUCUGCCCUGUCGCCCUGGCUAGAGAGAGGUCACCCAGACAUGUUGGAUGGGGGCUGGGGUCCUGCCCUUUCCACUAGCGUGUCACACCGGGGAACACAGAGGGAGGUUAGGGAGCCACACCACCUGCCCACCUUGAUCCAGCCUCCCAAGAAACGGCUCCUACCAUAGUCGGCAGGGGCUACGGCCUUGAAGCUGGCCACACUCCCCUUCAGAGACACUAGAGUCAGAGUGCUGGUCUCCAGAAGUGACUUGGCCUUUGCUCUGUGACACAGGAAGGCUCAGGGACACCCCACCGGAGGCUGACGCCAUAGGGACUGCACUAAUCGCAGUCACUACCCUGUGCCAGGGUAGUGGUGACCUUACAGGUGUCACCAUCCCCUCUCUACAAAGGAGGGACCGGAUUCUCAGAGGCGAUUCCCAGAGGAUUCCAGCCAGGUCCUCUGCCUGCUCCACUCUGACCCCCUAAAUCAGAAUAGCCAAGGUAGGGCUUCGGAGCCUCUGCUUUUAACAAGCUCCUCCAGGAGAUUCCUCCAGACACUAAAAUCCUCUCUUCACUUCCCCCGCGGUGAACUGUGCCCUGAUGUCUGCAGCGAGAGAGGGCCUGGCGUAGACAGGGAUUAGAAAAAAGCAGGACAUUGUCAGAUAAGAUGCCCAAACACAGACAUGGAUUAGGACCCAAGAAGUCAGGGGGAAGGGCUGACCCUCAGGAAUGUAUUAAGAACUAAGCUUUCAGGAAAAUUACAAAGAUACCCACCCCCCUCAGACCCAGAGUCUGUCUGAGUUUAGUUUCACAGCAUGAAGGCUGCUUCAAGAAAGCUGAUAUAGCAAGAAAGAGCAGGAACUUAAUACUUCAGAGGGGCCCAGCAGCCCGCCCAGGGCCACCCUAUGGAGACCCCACGGACCUCAAGGCUAUGAUCCAUGCCUGUUCACUCCAUACCUGGCCAGGUGGGCCAGGCAAAGACAAGGUGGGGCUUCCAGCUGGACCUGGAGCUUCAAAGAACUCCCCCCACCAGCCCCUGCCCCUCAGACUAAGACCCGGCUUCCCCUGGAGGAAGAAGAGGGAGUGAAGGUCCUUGUCUUCACUCAGGGGCUAACAGCCCCUGGUGGGGGAGGGAGGAGGUCUAAACCAGUACCACAUCCACUCUGGGGGGUCCUGCUGACCCUGCAAGAGUCCAAAAUUCUAGCAUUCCAUGGGUGAAAGAUUCCAAGAUUCUAAGGUUGCAAAACCUCAUAAUUCUCAGAUUCCAAGAAGAGUUCAGUGUUUUUAAGAUUCCACCACCAUAUAAUUCUAUGCUGCCAAUUCCUGAAAUUUCAAGUCCCACUGCUCAUCACUGAUUCCCCAAACUUGAGAGUCCCAGCAGUGACAAAGCACAAAGAGAGAGCAAGAAAGACAAAAAGAGAUGGGGAGGGAGACGGCUAAAAACAAACACUAACAACUCCAUCCUUGACUCUGAGUCAAGAGAUGAACCUCGGCAAAGACCAAGGAUGCUCCUUCUGAGCAUGAUGCUGGAUUUCUCUCCCUGGUUAAGGAGUAGAACUGUCAGCACCUGGCCCUGCCAGCAGCGAUCGGGGGCUGAGUGUCCCAAGCUACAGCAGAGCUCCACACAGGUCACAGUGUCUCCUGGCCAAUAGGUUAGACAGCUCCGUUCAGGAGCCCAGGAGGGACGCAUCUGGGGUGGAGAGCCCUGCCCCCUUAGGAAGGAAGCUGCAGGGCCAGGAUUAGCUAAAGAAUCAUCCCCAAGCACCCCAGCCUUGCCUUUCAGAAUCAGAGGCUUAACCCUGGGCAUCCACAGGGUCUUGCCGCAAACCCCAGAGGAGGUGCCUUCCCUCCAACACUUCGGAUGCGGCUCCCACAGCCACGCAGUCCCAGCCCCCAUAUGCAGGAGGCCCUCACGUCCCAGUUCAGGCCACUGCCUAUGGGGUCUGGAAGACUGCUGGAGGAGGUGCCUCUGGAUUGGGCUCAGAGCUCAGUAAUCAGUCUGGCUGCUUUCCCCUCCGUGGACAGGGACUCUGGUGGGCAGAGGGCAUGAAGUCAAGCCCCUGAGGCUGACCUGGUGUGGGGGGGGUCUGGCAGGGCCACUCACUCACAACCAGGCUCUUUCAGCUCCAGAGAAGAGCAAUUGGUGGUUGGCCACGCUCAGCCCCAAACCCUAGUCAUAGCUGCUAUUCCUUGAGUGCCAACAAUAUGCCAGGCGCUGUGCGUAACUUUUCACACACGGUGUCUUGCUUAACCCUCACACAGCCCUGGGGGACAGGCACAACCAUCCUCCCCCUCCACAGACUAGGAAACUCGGAGACGUGGGUGGUGCCCUUCCCGGUUCCCACUGUUGGCCAGUGGUCUCGGACCCAGCACUUGCCCUCGCAUUCACUAUGCUGUGCUGCUACCUGUGGUCCCCACUCAGCCCCUCUCCACUGUCGGACCCUUGCCCAUCAAAUCCAGAUCCCCAAGGAGCAUUCUGGGGGCACGAAGACACCCUCUCUGACCUUGGCCUCCUAGAGCUGCUGUCCGAGCCAUGGGUGGUGGGGGUGGGCACCCGGAAAGCUCCCAAGGGGUUCACUCAAAACUCUAACCCUGGCCAUGUGGGCCAGAGCUUUCAACUGGGGCCCGUGGGAUGUGGUUUCACAGAAUUUCUGUUUCCUCUGGUCACAGGUUUUCCUGAAAAUGCUGGGGAGGUGGGGAGGGGUGCAGCUGGGGUUCUGAUGGUCAUAGGUCAGACCUGGCUUCCCGGACCCACACUGUUGUGACCAAUGAAAUCUCACCAGCUGUGUCCACGAGCAACCCUGACCUUGUUACUCCAAUGCCUUUGUAGGAGUAUUUUUAGCAGAACCUUUUUUUUUUUUUUUUUUCAAAAUAAAUGUGAAUUG